UUCAGUGUUUGUUUACCAACACGGUUUGUUGUCUUAACCUGGAUUUCAGUAUUACAAGUUUAAAUCAUGGAUUAGUAUUGGUAACAUGUAAAAGUAAACCAAACAUUUACCGAUGUUACCUUAAUGGAUAAAUAUGGCCAAAGUCCUCAGUUCUUGUUUUCCCUGGAAAAAAAAAAUCCAAGAAUUUAUUGGAAAAUCCCAGACAAAAUAAGAACAGUAUCGUUUAUGUUACUAAAGCCCCUGACCUUAGUGACGUCUUCUAUAACUAUCAAGGCCGUAAAACACGAGAAUACAAUGAUUUCUAUAACAGAGCUUCAGCUGACUUUGGUCAAGAUUCAAAUUAUUCGCCAAGGCGUUGCAGUUCGCCUCAAGAGAGGAGAGUCAGAUCUUAUCCAGCAUCUCCAGAAAGGUCAAUACUAAAAAAGCGAGUAGAGACAGAUUACUUGUCUGAUCAUUACUGUGCAUCAGUGUCAAGAGGUGGCCCUUACAAACGUGAUGCCCCGAUGAUAUAUAUUGCUAACACUCCACAGGCCUCAUCUCAGUUCAAUCCCAAUAAGGAAGGAUCAAAAGAACCAUUUCCUUAUGACAUAUCAGUUUCCUUACCAAGAAGAUCUUCUAUGUUUUAUGGAGUGAAGUAUGCUAAUGAUAUGAAUGAAAAUCCACGAUACACUGCAGAGAAGCCCAUAGAGGAUAUCAAUAUUCCAGAUUUUUCUCAGGAACAGGAUGGUUCAGGUAAAGCCGUUAAGGGGGAGAAACAUGUAAGUAUUGUUAGACCUGAGGACAAUAAUGAGAUACCUUCUGAUCACAGUGACAAUGUUCCACAGGCUCAAGUAGUUAAAAAGACUGUCGUGCGAUUCAGGCCAAGCAGUUCUAGUAGUACUGCUCCUCCAAGCGAGAACGUAAAAUUCAUGCCUUUGCAGAAACAACCAAAACCAUCUACCCAAGGAAAAUAUGUCCACAAGAUACCGAUGAAGCAUAGUAAGCUCAGUGCAGACCUGAAGACUAUAGAUGGAAGAAAGUUUAUGCCAGUGAAAGAAUCAGAAGAUAAGUUGAGGUCCUCUAUAGCACAAGCUAAACUACGGGAAAGUCAAGAUGCCAGAACAUCAGUAAUUGGAGCUCCACCAAUGAGACAUUCAUCUGUGGCAAGAGAUGACAGAUUCCCUCAACCGGAGGAAGAAACUGUGAUUUAUCCAGUUCAUACUGUACCAGUAAGAAAGAGUGUUCUUAGAUCUUCUGGUGUGAGAAGACCUUCUAUAUUAGAAAGGCAGUCAAUUGUACGUAGAGAAUCAGUAGGAAAAAGAAAAAGUAGAGCCUCUUGGCAACAAAGUGUUGAAUUACAAGAGACUGAUCAGGACCAAAAUUUUCCAUUCAGACAGGAAGAGGCUCCCAUGGUAUAUGCAGUGCCUAUUAUUCCAACUAGGGGUAGAAGUAAAUCUGUUCUGCAGCAAUCCGUUAAAUCCUUGACAUCAAAAAAUCCAACCGACAGCUCUGGAGUGCACAGAAAGAAUAUUCGUUAUUCAAUGGAUACAGACGUGUUUGCAGCCGAAGUUCGACGAAGAAGUGUAGCACAGGAGAGACCCGGCUAUGUAAACAUGGAGAAAGGUCAGACGGUUUUGGUUUCCGAAGUGCUCAAUCCUAUAACUUCCCUUUUCAUCACAGAUUUAAAAGAUCCCGUCCCUAAAGAUCCCUUAACAAAACCAAAGGAAGCUAAUGUUUGGGUGCAACCUAGGCCACAGAGACAAAGCUUUCAAAAGAAGCCUGUAUUAAAACAGUCAAAACCAUCCCCUGUGCAUGUUGUAUAUCAAGAACGUCCGACAAAGGAGCGAACAGUACAAAGAAGGCAGAGCAGAAGCCACCAAACAUAUUCCAGAGAUGACUCUUCUUCUUCUGAAGACAGUUUGGAGAUGGAUCGUGGCAAGUAUAAACAUGGUAGAAGGCAAUACCAUCAGGUAUAUGCUGCCCAAAUGCCAGAAGUUAUGCUGCCUGACAUUACUGCUGGAAAAGGUAAAAAUCCAUCUUUUCAGAAAAAAGGGAAACCUAUAGAAACUGAUCUUCAACCUUCAACAAGUAAAGAUUACUGUGGAUUAACAAUGGAUGCUCCAGUAAAUUCUACAGCUCCCAUGGACACCCAAGUGAAGAUGGUAUCUUCUGAACAACAAACUGAUGUAGAGGAGGAAACUGAUCUGGUUUGUUAUCCGUCAGAACAAUUUUUGAAGAGUGCAGCAUUAAGUGCUUCUGAACCGGGUUCAAAAUUAAGGUGGAGAAUCAUAAUUAAAAGAGGAGAAGAAAAAUGAAAAUUGUAAGUUAAUUAUAGUAACAAUCAAUAAAUUUUACUUUUUGUAUCAAGUUA